AUGUCUCCAGCUCGAACGGUCGCAGUCGUCGGCGCGACAGGCCACCAAGGAUCAGGCGUCGUCGCGGCCUUGCUGUCCUCGACCUCUUUCUCCGUUCGCGCGCUCAGCACCGACCCCUCCGGUUCGAAGGCUGCCUCCCUUCUCGCUCAGCACGACAAGUACGUCAAGGAUGGAAGGUUGGAGAUCGUCCAGGCGGACUUGAACGACAAGGGGAGUCUGGAGAAGGCGCUCAAGGGCGCGUAUGGGCUGUUUGCGGCGAUGACGGUCGCCGAGAACGAGAUCGAGCAGGGCAAGACGCUCGUUGACGUCGCCAAGGCCGAAGGGAUCGAGCACUUUGUCUACUCGUCGCUGCCUUCGAUCGCCAAAGCCAGCGGCGGGAAGUACACCCGCGUCGUCCCUUUCGAGAACAAGGCCGAGAUCGAGCAGUACGCCAAGGAGAAGUUGGACAACAUGACGGUUCUCAUCCCAGGAGCUUUUUACUCGAACUUCGAGAUGCCGCUUUACGCAAGGCGUGGAGACGACGGUAUCGCCGUCUUCAGCGUCGCCGGCUCGCUCGACCUCCAGCUCGGCUGGCUCGACGACGGCCACGACGUCGGCACCUACGCUGCCGCUGCAUUCGCGAAAGAUCCCGCUGCUACCGCCGGCAAGACCUACCCCAUCGAAGUUCCCUGCUGCUCGAUGAAGGACAUCGCGGCGCAGUACGAAGCCGUCACAGGUGAGAAGGCGAUCGUCCAGGCGACCCCGAUCGACGUCGCCUUCAUUGGCGUUCCCGAGGCCCUCUUGCCCUCUCUCACGGAAGUACGUGAACGAACUCGAACCCGACACGAUUUGCCACGGCACGAUGAGCCCGAGGAGGAUAAGAGCUUCGAAGACUUGGGCGUCAAGGCUUCGUCUUUCAAGGCGUUCCUCGAGCGCACGGGCUUCAGGAUCGGCGGCGAGGCCAGGUAG